GGACCCCGGCGCUUCACCGAGCCGGGCCAUGAGGGGCGAGCCGGGUCCCGUCGGGGUGACGGCGGAAAUGGGAAUGCUGCGGGAGCGGCCGGAGGAGGAGGAGGGAGGCCGGGAACGGGCCUCGGUAGUGCCGGUCCUGCAUCGUCUCGAGCUGCUUCCUGCGCGGCCAGACCCCGCGCCUGGGCUUCUCCUAUCGGGAACAGCAUUCCAACAGGAUGGAGCGGUAGAGCUGGCCCCGCAGCGUGGUGGCUUGGCAUCCCUGGGAUACUGUGAUCAAAGCUGCUAUGAGGAAGUACCCCAACCCCAUGAAUCCAUGUGUGGUAGGAGUAGAUGUCCUCAACAGGAGCCUGGAUAACCAGGGGAGGCUGCACAGUCACCGUCUUCUCAGCACGGAGUGGGGAUUGCCCAGUAUUGUCAAAGCGAUAUUAGGAACAAGUAGAACUCUGACUUACAUAGAGGAGCAUUCUGUGGUAGAUCCAGUGGAAAAGAAGAUGGAGCUUUGCUCAACUAAUAUUACGCUCACAAACUUGGUGUCUGUUGACGAGAGACUGGUUUACACACCUCAUCCAGAAAACCCAGAAAAGACUGUGCUAACCCAAGAAGCAAUUAUUACUGUUAAAGGCAUUAGCUUGAGCAGUUAUCUGGAAAGCUUGAUGGCAAACACAAUAUCUUCUAAUGCCAGAAAGGGGCGGGAUGCCCUGGAGUGGGUGAUCAGCAAACUAAACACAGAACUAGAAGAGCUGAAGUCCACGCGCGAGGGGAUCAAACCAGCUAUGGCAGCAGCGUCCACGGAAAAAUAAAGCCAAAUAUUUGGGUUCACCAAAUAAAACCAAGUAACUGACAGAAAAGUCUAAUUCUGCAGACUGCUCUGUAGAGCUCCCUCCCAAGGCUCAUCUGCAGAGGUUUUGUCCAUUUAUAAGAAUACCGGAUCAGCAGAAAAGUAACCUCAUCCAUCAUCUCCACAGCAAGCUCUUGUUGCCUACUGAAGUUUAAACUGACCUCCUGCAGAUGCUCUUUUCAUUUGAACAAUUUAUGUUUAACACUGGAAACAAAAUAUUUAGCACAUUCAAAACAGCCUAAAUGUACCUUUUCAAACAAAGGUUGAGGGCAUGUUAUAUUUAAACCAUCUCAAACUGAAAAGCUUGAAAAAAAAGCAUGUAUGGGAUUAAGGGUUUUCUGUGUGAACUUUUGUUCUGUAAAGGGCUGAUAGGUCCUAGAGCACUGAAUUUUGUCUGGUUUGUAAUCUGAUAAUGUCUUAUGGCCAGUUAAAGGGAACUACAUGAGUCAGAACAUGAUACUGUAGAAUCUGAUAUUUAUCUGGAGGAUCAUCUUGAAAGGCUACAUCUUGUGUGGAACUAACUCUUCUUAGGUUGUUUAAAGGUGCUGCCUGAACAUGACACACAGAUACUUUACCUCUUAGAUGUUUGUAUCCAAACAAAGAUAAAGUUUCUAUUGAUGUUAAUAGCCUAAAAGAGUUUUUCUGGUGGGAACAAGGGUAUAAUUUAUUUUCUUAUUUAUUAAUUUGUCCUAGUUCCUCCCCUCCCUGUGGGGACAGGGGUAGUGAUUACUGGAAGGUGCUGGAAAAUACUUACUUAUCUCUAAGAAGGGUAUUUGUAGGCUGCUGGAAUGAAGAGACCGUGCUGUUCCACGGGUCCUUGCUGUUCACAUCACAUCUUAACUGAGGGAGAAAUUGAUGCAAUAACCAAAAGAGCUGAAAUGAGAAAUGAGCAGAAAAUUUGAAAUCCAAAUGAUAAGGUUUCAUAAAGAGAAACUUAAUUUCCUGAGUAAAGGAAACAAGAGUAGAAGAACCACAAACGGACUCUCAUUUCUAAAUGCUUUCUGUUAACAACUAACUGCCAGUGUAACUGGACCUUUUCAACUCUUUUCCACGUGGGCACAAAAUGGUUUUAAAAUCCUUUGAAAUGCUUCUCAUUAUCUGGACAAAUACUUCAAUGACUGCAGAAACUUUCCUAUUAAAUAUGCAUAAAAAUAUAUUGGUAAUGACUCUAGCCUUGUCUGAUGUUUACAGAAUUGUCAUGUUUGGUCCAGAUGUAGUAUAUAUAUUUCUCUGUCAGAAUCCUCUGUUAGGGCAUUUUAACUUAUUUCUUGGUGUGCGCACAAAGUGAAACAAGUGUUGCAAGGAUGUUUACUUGUUCAAGUGGCAAGCAUGUGCUCAGGAAGCUGUUAAAGAGCAUGAGUAACUUCUGAAAAAAUUGAAGAGUAAAAUGUUGGUCACUGUUUUGAUCUGAUAAUUUUAAACUGUUUGUAGCUUAAGGGAGUUUUCAGCAUUCCUGUUCUGGUUGGUUUGAAAGUAAACUUUAAUUUGGGUGUAACUAAAUUACAUGAUCCUAAUGAAUAAACCUAUUUUAAAAAAUAUGUCUAUCGGUUGAAAGCAAUUAAAUGAAUAGCAGAUA